AUGGAGAAAACACAAAAGAUCAUUCAGUACAGAGAGAGGCUAGACAAGACACUGGCAUCUCCUAAUCUAACAAAUAAGGAGGCCUUAAAACUCCUUGUCAAGAAUCAGCUGAUUCAUUUUUCCGAAAAUGAAAUUGGAGGAUGUAAUGAGAAUGUGAUAGAAGAAAAGACUGCUGAAGUAUCCAAUUUACUUGAUAUGUUGAGGAGUGCUUGCAUUGUUGAUGACAAGGGAUUGACUACUUGUGAGACCACAUCACAUCCUGAAUGGAAAUUAAAACAUGACAAUGAACAGUUCCGUGUUAUGUAUCGCGAGGGAAUCCAAGGCACUCCCUUUCAUACAUUACUUGUUGAAGGCUACGUAGAUGGAUCUGUUGAUGACUGUUUAUGCGCCUCAUGGGAGUCAGACCUUUACAAGAAAUGGUGGCCUCAGUCUACCAUUCCAACUUUCAAAAUUCUCUCUGCCAAAUGUUUGCAGAAGGUCCGGAUUGGUGAACAGAUUUCUUUAGUGAGGAUGAAGGUUCCAUGGCCACUUUCACCUAGGGAGGCUGUUGUACACUAUUUUAUGUUUGAGUACUUCCAAGAUGAUCUGAUUGUUGUUCUCUUAAAAUCGGUCUCUGAUUCGGAAAGCAUUGAUGGUGUUCAUGGUCUCACAAAUGAGGAAACUGCUGGAGCAAAGGAUUUGGUAAGGAUAGAUGUGGUGGGUGGCUUUGCUAUACAGAAGGUUACCAAAGAAAGAAGUUACUUUCGGACAAUAGCAACUAUGGAUAUAAAAUUGGACUUUGUCCCGCCAUCCCUUAUAAAUUUUUUCUCAAGGCAGCUCAUUGGCAAUGGUUUCCGACUCUAUCAAAAGGCAGUGUCUUCUAAGCUUAACGGUGAUGGAGAUUACAGUAAGGCCUUGGAAGGCCCGCUGUACACUCAGAUACGUGAAGCUCUUUUUCCACUUAAUGAACCAAACAGACCUCUGGAAGGAGAAAGGCUAAACAGUGACACGUCCAAUCUCUCUGAAGAACAUCUAAUGAAAAAUCAGAUGAGUGACUUGAAGUUGGUGGAUAUGGAUCAGAAAGUUGAAAAUGAUCACCCUGCAAGUGAAGCUGCCCCAGAUGAUGCACAAGUUCACCCUGCAAGUGAAUUGAUGUCAGAUGAUGCAUUAGUUACUGGCAGAAGCACUUUUGGUGAGAUUGAGGAGGUAGAGAGCGAAGACGGCAGGCAGUUUGAGAAUCAAACAUCCAACAGAGUUGCAGAAAAGGGUCUAGUAAAUGGAAAGAUAAAUGUUGUUAUCAGUUCUGAGGUAGAACAAGCUUUAGGAACAUUAGAAAAGAUAAUUUAUAAGGUUCGAAAAAAUGGAUUGAAUGCUCAAAUUCGGUCUUCUUCUGGCUUCACCAAUGAAAUCCCCCAAAAGGAAACUUAUGGAGGUAACCCAAAAGCCUUAGAAGGUGGAGUGUGUAUAAGUGGUGAACGUUUUGUUGAAGCAUCUAAAGAAGAAGUCAUUGAGAGGACUUUGCCUAAGUCUGUGACAAAUAGCUCUGGCAUUCACAACUUAAGCUAUGAAGGAUCAAAUUCUCUGUCAAAGGAAGUUAACCAUAACAGAAUAGUACCUACUUCCCUAGAGCAGGAACUUUCAAUUUCUUGCGAUAAUAACCAGUCUGCCUUGUGUUCCUCUAAAGAUGGGACUGCAGAGGUACCUGUAUUAGACUUGGAUCAUAUUAUGUACGGCACCACCAACCACAUGAGCUCCAUGAAAAAUGGCAAGGAUGAAAAUAUCCCUAAUAGAACGAAGAAAUCGACGAAGAAAAGAAAGCAUUGGUACUGUUGCUUCAGCAUGAAUUAA